CCAGGGAGGCCUUUCCGUUCUCCAGCCGGGGCUGCAGGGCCAGGUUCUGCCUGGCCAAGGUGUAGUUGGAGGCCAGGCGCAUCUCCCGCUCCAGCUGCAGGUUCUGGAACUGCAACGACACACAGACAAGAUGUCUCCGAAAAGAUGAGCGCUGACAUCCUUUGGUGGCUGAAAGACGAUGAGGCAGCGGAGUUGGAGGGGACCUUGGCACCCCCAGAAGAUUUCAGAGAGAGCCCACCUUUGGCUUGUGCCCCAAAAGAGGGUGCCCACCCCGAUCAUCCAGAAGAGCCCCCUGAAAUGCCAAGGGAGUGCACAAUCAAGCACUUUUUGAAGGAAGAUUCGGAAGAGGCAGAGCUGGUCCAGUUCCUGGGGGACUAUUCUGCGGAGGACACCUUCCGCCGGCUGGAUCCCAAGGAGAAGGGCCAAAGUCCUGUCCGGAAGCCCCCCGAGAUGUUCGCCGGCGUGACCGGGGCCAGGACCCUUGCGCAGGAGGAUGCUGCCGUGGAAGAGACGGAGCCCAAAGCCUUCCACCGACCCCGGCCUCUCGACCUGAAGCAACAGCAGCACAUGGCCGCCCCGACGCCCCCCAGUCCUUCGCGGCCCAGAAGCCCCUGGGGCAGGCUGGAUCCCUACGACUCGGAUGAGGACGAUAAGGAAUAUGUCGGCUUUGCCACGCUUCCCAACCAGGUCCAUCGGAAAUCGGUGAAGAGGGGGUUUGACUUCACCCUCAUGGUUGCAGGAGAAGCUGGGCUGGGAAAAUCGACUUUGGUGAACAGCCUCUUUCUGACGGAUCUCUACAAGGACCGGAAACUCUUAAACGCAGAAGAACGGAUCCUGCAGACGGUGGAGAUCACCAAACACGUGGUGGACAUUGAGGAAAAAGGGGUGAAGCUCCGCUUGACCAUUGUGGACACGCCUGGCUUUGGGGACGCCGUCAACAACACCGAAUGCUGGAAGCCCGUAGCGGACUACAUCGACCAGCAGUUUGAGCAAUACUUCCGCGACGAGAGCGGCCUCAACCGGAAGAACAUCCAGGACAACCGAGUCCAUUGCUGCCUCUACUUCAUCUCGCCCUUUGGACACGGGUUGCGGCCGCUAGAUGUGGAGUUCAUGAAAGCGCUCCACCAGCGGGUUAACAUUGUCCCCGUCUUGGCUAAAGCGGACACCCUCAUGCCCUCGGAGGUGGAUCGGAUGAAAAACAAGAUCCGUGACGAGAUCGAACAGUUCGGGAUCCGGAUCUACCAGUUCCCAGACUGUGAUUCGGACGAAGACGAUGACUUCAAGCUUCAGGACCAGGCCCUUAAGGAGAGCAUCCCUUUUGCUGUGAUCGGCAGCAACACGGUUGUGGAGGCCAAAGGCAGGCGGAUCCGGGGUCGGCUCUAUCCGUGGGGCGUUGUGGAAGUGGAAAACCCCGCGCACUGCGACUUUGUCAAGCUGCGCACCAUGCUGGUGAGGACGCACAUGCAGGACCUGAAGGACGUGACUCGGGAGACGCACUACGAAAACUACCGGGCGCAAUGCAUCCAAAGCAUGACUCGGAUGGUGGUCAAGGAACGCAACCGGAACAAACUGACCAGAGAAAGCGGGACAGACUUCCCCAUCCCGGCCAUCCCUCCGGCGCCAGACGCCGAGACGGAGAAGCUGAUCCGAGAAAAGGACGAAGAGUUGCGACGGAUGCAGGAGAUGUUGCAGAAAAUCCAGCAGCAGAUGGAAGACGCGCACUAGCCCUCCCUUGCCUUCGUCCCGGCGUCCGUCCUUUUAACCGUCCUCCAUUUCUCGCCCUUUUCCCUCCGGAGACGCAAGAUGUUUACAUUUUUCACCCCAGCCAUCCGGCCUCGGCACUCCAGAACUCAGUUUCGUUCCUGCACCUUAAGCUCCCCUUAGAUAUUUAUAUUUAGAGAGAGAGAUGUAUUAUAUUCUCACGUACAUUUGCUGCAACCAUUGCCUUACAACCAAAGCUGGCCGCGCUUAACUGAAGAAACGCGACGCUCACCCCAGCGCCAAAGAUUUUGACCCGAGACCUUUGUCUUUCCCCACAUCUCCAGCCACCAGAAAGCCAUUGCUGUGACUUUGGGUCUGCAAAGAUGGAGGAUCCCUGAAGACACUUGGGGAAAGUGUGGUGGCAAGAUGGCAGAUGCGUCUGGUUGUGUUCCUGUGGCCAAGCGCAAAAUGAUGACUGCGAUGGCGCCAAGGAAUCUAGAGGACCCCAAUGGAUCUCAUUGCGGAUGUCCACCAUUUUGUGUCUGGUUAUGGGGAGACACUUUGGUGAUCCUGUCUUCUCCCCACAAAGCAAAGGACUUCAGAAACUUCCAUGAAGGGAAUACCAUUAUACCAACCUCUUUAGCUCCCAAAAGAGCAUAUGCAACAGUUCCUAAAAGGAUGCCAGCUUGUCUCUAACAAGAUACCAGUCGUCUGUCCAUGUCCCUCCUUCUGUUUUGUUCCUUGUGCAAAUACGCCUGGCUUGGGUUGGCAAGUGACCAUCAAAUCCGGACCUGUUGCAAAUGGACAUCUUCCAUGAAACCUGAGCAAACCCUCUUCUGCCUUUCAAGAAGGUUCCUCAUCUCAUUGCAUGAUGGUGCGCCACACUUAGGGCCCUGCUCUUGUUGAAACUUAUAUCUCCAGCUUCAUUGAGUGCGCAUGCAGAGGACACAUAACGCAUGGAAAGGAUGUCCUGAAGAACAUGGAGGAAGCUUGUUCCCUGCUAUCCCAGAGACUAGGACAUGAACCAAUGGAUUCAAAUGAGAAGAGAUUCCACCUGAACAUCAGGAGGGACAUAGUUUUUUGUGGCUUUUGGGGGCUAUGCAGCCAUGUUCUAGAAGAGUUUAUUCCUGACGUUUCGCCAACAUCUGUGGCUUUGGCAUCCUCAGAGGAUUUAUCCUUCCUAUAUGCAUGCUACAGUUCUAGUAGGUGGCGUUGCCAAUACCAUCCCUAUGUUCUGCUCCUCUGCCUUUUAAGGCACUUUAAUAUGUACGUACCCGCAGGUGAUGCUUUACUUUCACAGCAUAGAGAGGAACAUUUGCACUUGGCACAGCGUCUGCAGGUCAAACUGUUGUUAAUUAUUAAUUUAUUAUUAUUAUUAUUAUUAUUAUUAUUAUUAUUAUUAUUAUU